UGAUCUCCCUCUGUGGAGGUGCCCAGUUCCUCCCCUCGCGUUUUACCGCACUUUUUCCUGCAGCAGGAGCCGAUUGCACCGGGGAUCCAGCGGCACUCUGAGCCAUGAAAGCCGGGGGACGGGAAUUUAAAGCUCCUCCGUGCCGAGAAACGCGCUGGAAGCCGGAUACCGCGUUACAUGAAAGAAUGGUGAUGGAUACUUUCUGAGAAAAUGGACAACUUAAGGAGCCCCACAUCUAAAAUCAGAGACCCAAAUGGGUUUGCGAACAAAGUCUUCAGUACUUCCCCAGAUGUGGAAAGGGAGGCUGGCGUCUUGCCAACCCCAGAAGUUAGGUCAUGUGGGACCCCUGCCUCCUACCAGUUGGAAAAGGGCUUCUCUUGCAGGAAGCCCCACAGCACAGGGAUCUGGAGGAUCCUUGCCCGACGAAAGACCUCUGUGGGGUGCGAACGACGCCCCCAUUCACUUAUCCUCCCAGGGGAGGCUUCUGUUCCCAAGAUAUCAUUUGUAGACAAAGUGAGGACUUUCAAGAAGCUCAAGUCCCCGUCUGUGUUCAAGGGCAAGUCUGUAAAGCAGGGUGCCUCCCGGGACGAGCUGGAGGUGGACAUCGGCCGGGAACACUCCACCCACUUGCAGGUUCAGAAGGCCCUCUUCUGGAAUAAGGACAAGAGACACUCUUAUGCUGGCUACACCAAAAACCUGGACAGCUCCUUUGAGGUCAUUGACCUCACAUUUCCUCUGGAAAGUGAACAGCCUUGGUUCGGGGACAUGCCAGGAAACCACAAUGGAUGCGUGUCUCCAGACAACACGUCCCACAUCAAGAAGGUGCACCCCAACUUCUCCAACUGCAACAACUCCUUGUUGCAUGAGGAGCAGCGCCCAAGAGACUGGCCCAAGACAUCGCAAAGCACCAGGAGGUCUAGAAGUGCAGAUGUCUGGAGUUACCUGAAAAAGCUCUCCUUUGUGGGGAAGAGUGCCUCCAACCUGUCGGAGAAGAGCUUUGACUCGGAGUUCCACACUCUGGAUGGGACAAUUGAUUUGGAUUGCAGCUCUACUGACUUAGAGUGCCUCAAAGAAUCAAAUCCUAAGCCUAAACCUAUACUAAAUGAGAAUAAAAGUAGUCACUUUGGGGGUCUUUUCAGGUUUUUCAGUAGUGUAGCUGAAUCUGCUCGCAAGUGGAAAAAUACUUCUAGAUCCUUCUCUCCUGCUGAGGAGGAUGUGUCCCCAGUGAGAUUGCAGCAUUCACAAAAGCCAGGGCUCUUUAUCCAGAACAUGUCUUUGAACCUGAGGAAGGAGGACAGCGGAGCACCCUCCGUCGCAAUGUCUCUCUUGUCUCCUGAAUCUGACCUGUGUGAAGUGCUCUCCCCCACCAGCCCUCCUGAGAAAGGCUCCCCCCAAGUGCUACUCAAAGCGUGGCGAGUAUGUCCGGAGUCCCUGAGUCCCAGUAAGGACCAAACAGGCACAUCUCUUGCGCUAAAUGUGACCCUCCGUGAUCCUGAUAAUCUUCAGGAGUCCCAUGUGCCCCAUGGCCCAGACAGCCCUGUUACUUGUGAAAGAGGAGAUCUGACAGAUGGAUGUCUGCCCAGGGAAGAGGAUUGCUCCAGAAGUAAUACAGAUUCCAUGGAUAUCAUGGUCUCUUCAGAUGGGCAGAGGUCUCAUGGCAGCGAAAGGAAUGCUAGAAACAAAGAGCCAUACUCAAAGCGAGACACUGUUCCACAUGGGCCAUGCGAGGAGUUCAAGGAUGUGACCGAUGACUGUGGUUUAGCUGAGAACAGCCCAGCAGAGCUCACCUGUAGACCAGGGGUGGUGGCCCCUCUCAGAUGGUGCCGAGAGCGGCCAGCCUCGCUGUGUGCCUCCAUCCUAGAGGAAGGAACUAUGGAGCAUGGAGGCACCAGCUUGCUGGUGCAGAGGCAUCAGGCCCUCUGUGGUCAGCGUGUGGAAUUGGCAGCUUCCCAACCCCUCUUCCGUAAGAGGCCACUGUCUGUGAUGGAUGGCAGCGCCACUGGGGGGGCUGAACAGCCACAACAUUUCAGACCCUUGACACGUCCCCCAGGCCUGUCCCCACAGGACCCUCCUUUCAGAGUGGACCUCCAGAGGUGCCGCUCUAACACACUGUCCCAGAGCACCCCAUCAGGGCUGGAGCAGGCAGGCUGGAUACACACACCACCACAACCAGGUAGAGGCACAGAGGGUGUCUUGCUGCGGACAGAGGUACAGGUCAGUGGAGGGCAUAUGUGCACCACUCGCAGGAGGCUACUGCGGCCAGGGUCUGAACAGCUGCAUGUCAACACGGAAACAGCAGGUGUCGCUGAUGUCCUGGCUGCUGGGGACGUGACAGUACCCCUCCCGGCAGGCAGCCCCAAACUCCCUAGGCCUAGAUGGCGGGCGCCCCCGGGGGCAAGGGGCCGGACGUUCUGGGUGAUCCCUGUGGAAGGCAGCGAUGAGAUCAGGAUCAAGAAUGUAGUGAGCCCAGUGGUGUUGUCGCUGGAAACAGUAAGCCUGAAGGUAGUGUGCGAUAUCCUGUUGCAGGCACUCUACCUGCUAAUUGGCCUGUGGGUGGUAACCAGACGUGAGGCUUACCGUGACGCCAAGCCGCCGCCAAAAGGCUUUCCAUACUCGGGAGGUGAACUGGGGUCCCUGGUCGGUGACUAUAUCUUCUGGAAGUCCGUAGAGUCGGAAGACUUUCUCAAAGAGGAUCUCUGCAACCUCGAGGGCAGUUGGUAA